AUGAACAUUGCUUCUAUCCGUGAUCUCCAGCUGUUUCAGUUCGGCGUUACAAUUAGAGUUCGUGUGUGUAGAACAUGGAGACCAAAAGUCUUCAAAUCAGAUGAUCAAUUUUCUGGUUUACAAUGUAUCUUGGUAGAUACAAUGUGGAUUAGGGUUUCUAAAUGCCAGUUAAUCACUUUGAAUCUCAAUGUUGUUGUUACUGAUUAG